CUAAAUUAAUUAACCUAACUCUCAGCUCUAGCACACCUAAUCGGAUAUCUUCAUCACCUACGAAUCGUACGACCUAAUUCUCCCAAUUGAUCACCGGAUUGAGUGAAUUCAGAUCGAUUCCUUCAUCACCUGCGACCAGAUUGUUUCGUUCAACAGCAAUCUUCAAUCGUGCGUCUCCAAUCGAUCGUUCAGCUCUUGCAGCCAGAUUGUUUCGUUCAACAGCGUCUUCAAUUCUCAAUCGUGCGGCCAGAUUCAACCGUUCAUAUCAGCAUCCUUCCUCUUCACAAUUGUUCCGCCCCUUCUUCCAUUCAGAUUCAACCGUUCAUAUCAGCAUCCUUCCUCUUCACAAUUGUUCCGCCCCUUCUUCCAUUCAGGUAUUAAAGGGGAGCUCAACAAGUUUCUUCCCAAGAAUUCUACCUAUUUUUUUUGUUAGUUGAGUUAUUUGUUUUGAACUUUUUGGAUGUGGAAGAAAUGAGUUAAUGUGAUUUUGUCUACAUAUUUGUCUUUACUUGAGUUAUUUGUUUUGAUCUUUUUUUCUCCUGGUUUAUAUUUUGUCUACAUAUUUGUAUACUUAUUCAGCGUCUUCUUUCUGUAGAACUGUUGUUUAGGAAAUAGGAAUCUAGUUUUUCUUAUAUGUCUUGGUCUUUUCCUUCUUUCUGUAGAACUGUUGUCAUCUAUAUCCUUUUCUUCAUGAAUGAUAGUACUUCCUUUUGGAUUCUAAUCAAAAUGGUGAAUUUGUUAUGCUUAGUGGGGGAAACGAUAGGGACCAGUCUAUAAUCUCCAUCCCAGUAAGUUCCAGAUCUGCAGGGAUUGAUGUCUUCAUUAAGGGUCCAAAGGAAUCUUUAAAAAGUCAUUUCAAAGUCCAGAAACUGAAUCCAAAUAGGGAUAUCUUGUAGAUCAUUGACAUCAAUUUAAUGAUAGUACUUCCUUUUGGAUUAGUUCAUCUCUAUCCUUUUCUUCAUGGAAAUUAAUUGACAUUAUUGGUUCAAUUUUUGUUUGUUAGGUUUUACAUCUUUUUGAGAUGGACAAAACGUUGAUUAAUAUGAACAGAUUAUCCAGUGAAUACAUAACCGGAGUCCAAGCAUUUGUAGGCUUUGCUUUUGCCAAUGCUUUUCCUACCAAUGUUAAUUGCUUUUUAAUAUAUCAAUCACCAUUUUAUUCCUAAAUUUUACCAAAUAUAUAUAUGAUUUUACGAAGCUUAUAUUUGUUAUUUAUUAUCAGAGUAAUUUCACUACUAUUGUGAACAAGUUAGGAGAAGGUGGAUAUAGUGCAUGUACUCCCACACAUGAUAAUGCAUGUAAUGAGCAGAGGGCUAUUGAAAAACAGAAAAUGCUUAUACAAAGAAAUAGAAAUCCUAGUAUUUUUGAUGGAACGACCAAGAAAGACGGUGAAGUCGGUGAUUAUGGUACUUGUACUCCAAUGCCUCCUAAUGCAUCUACUCAGGAGAGAGCUACAGAAUAACAGAAAAUUUCAAUGCAAAAAAACAUACUUCAUGUGAGUUGAAUUUAUCUAUUAAAAUUUGGAUGUUGGUUAAUUAGGUCCAGGUGGCUAUUCUUGUUUCUAGUGUAUCUUUCUAUCGUGAAUAGAAUCUGUGUUGUCUUAUAUAUGUCACUAAGCUAAGGCCAAUGCAUGUUGUCAAAGUGGUUUACUCUCAAUGGCAUGGAGAAUGGUAGGCUUACUGUCAAAGUGAUUUACUGUAAAUGUUUUCAAAGUGGUUUACUGUCAAAGUGGGUUGCAUGUUGUCAAACUUUUAUAUCAUAAAAAGAAUGAUUGGGAGAAUGAUAACCAUUCUUCGGGUCUGGGAAUUUAGUCAGAACUGAGAGCCAUUUCCCUUGAUUGAUGGAGUCUGCCUUUCUUCUUUCCGGCUUAGUUGUAGAACGUGGUGGUGGUGCUUAACCACCCACUCUGUCGAAUAUGUGGCAUGGUAUUACGGAUAUUUUACGAUCCGUGUUUCAGUUCUAUACAGUACAUAUGGUCAGUAUCAUAAGGCUAAGGGAGAGGAAUCAGAAUUAGUGAUAUCAUUUCGAAAAUCUAUUGGGAUAUAAGAAUUUCUUAGCCGAGAUACUUGUGAGAGACUUUAGUAGAGUGCUCUCUUUUUUUAUUGUUUUUUAAAAUCAGUAUCUAUCAAGAAAGGUGCAGUGGACAGUGGCAGCUUCCUUCUACUGCCUUGGACUUUUACAAAGUGCUGUUGUUUGGAGAUCCUGCGCAGAAGCAGCUGGUGUGAGCUUAGCUUUGUUACUCCAUGAUAGCUGGAGUUUUGGGGAAGCUUUGUGAUUAUGCUGCUGGAAUGGAACCUGUCCAUGGACAGCCUUCGGGCAGCGGUCUGCCCUAUGAUUUGGGCAGGUUUUCCUCAAGCUUUGCACCAGGUUUCGCUUUAUGUCUGGAGGUAAAACGAGUGCUUUGGGGCUGGGUCUACCCCUUACCGUGGCUUUGGCACUCUGCUGCUUACGGGAUCCGCCACUUCAUGGUCCUUGCUUUUGUGAAGUUGCCUCAAAUUACUUGUUUUACCUCCAGACAUGAAGCGAAACUUGGUGCAAUGAUUGUUGUUUGAAGCUUAAAGUGAAAAAAGGGCAAGGAUUGUUGUUUGAAGCUUAAAGUCAUGGUGUCAACCUAGCUAGCUCUACGGAUCUCUAUGCACACAUUAAUUUGUUUCUUAUCUUCAUUUUAGAUACAUUUGGAUAUAUUUAUAAAAUUCAUGUCUUUAU